CAGGUCCGGGGGCGGGGCUCCGAGGGGACAGAGCUGGGCUCCCGGCUAGGCUGUCCGGACGCCGAGGGCGGUCCCUGCGGGGCGGGCGGGGCCCGACCGGCGCUCUGUGUGGCCGCGGCCAUGAAGCCGCAGCCGCCCGGCUAGGCCCCGGGCGGCUCUAGCCCAGGGCGGCCCGCGGGGCGCUGGGCCCGGGCCGCGGCUCCGGUUCCCUGGCCCGUGGGCGGCCGCUCACCAUGCCUGGCAAGCACCAGCACUUCCAGGAACCCGAGGUCGGCUGCUGCGGGAAAUACUUCCUGUUUGGCUUCAACAUUGUCUUCUGGGUGCUGGGAGCCCUGUUCCUGGCCAUCGGCAUCUGGGCCUGGGGUGAGAAGGGCGUUCUCUCCAACAUCUCGGCGCUGACAGAUCUGGGAGGCCUUGACCCUGUGUGGCUGUUUGUGGUAGUUGGAGGUGUCAUGUCGGUGCUGGGCUUUGCUGGCUGCAUCGGGGCCCUCCGGGAGAACACCUUCCUGCUCAAGUUUUUUUCUGUGUUCCUCGGCCUCAUCUUCUUCCUGGAGCUGGCAACAGGGAUCCUGGCCUUUGUCUUCAAGGACUGGAUUCGAGACCAGCUCAACCUCUUCAUCAACAACAACGUCAAGGCCUACCGGGACGACAUCGACCUCCAGAACCUCAUCGACUUUGCUCAGGAAUAUUGGUCUUGCUGCGGAGCCCGAGGGCCCAAUGACUGGAACCUCAAUAUCUACUUCAACUGCACUGACUUGAACCCCAGCCGGGAGCGCUGCGGGGUUCCCUUCUCCUGCUGCGUCAGGGACCCUGCGGAAGAUGUCCUCAACACCCAGUGUGGCUAUGAUGUCCGGCUCAAACUGGAGCUGGAGCAGCAGGGCUUCAUCCACACCAAAGGCUGCGUGGGCCAGUUUGAGAAGUGGCUGCAGGACAACCUGGUCGUCGUGGCCGGGGUCUUCAUGGGCAUUGCCCUCCUCCAGAUCUUUGGCAUCUGCCUGGCCCAGAACCUUGUGAGUGACAUCAAGGCAGUGAAGGCCAACUGGUCCACAUCCACGACUUCUCUUGACAAACGACCGUCUGGCUACACUGGCUCUUCGGUGGCAACAUUACCCAGGACACAAGCUUCCCUGGUCACUGAGGGCCCACCUGGCCUGUCGGCUCACCUAAGUGCCCUGCCUGGCUCCCCCUGACCUGGGGGGUUAUUCCCUGCACACCAAGAGGCACAGGGACAUGAAGGAUGGGGAGGCUGAACCCUACCCUGAAGAGGGUGCAGCCUGGAACAGGUCCAGCCCUUCUGGGGACCGAGGUGGGUGCCAGAGCACCCAGGAGCACUGAGGGGUGGGCUGUGGGGGAGCCUGCUCGGGGGGCUGUGGAUGGCCGACUCCCGGGAAUCAAGUUCAGGAUCUUCCCGUGGCUGCAGAGCUGCCCGGUGGCCACCAGAGGGCGCGCCACCACAGCACUCCCGGUCCGGCGUCGCUCCUGCCGCAGUGCCUGCCCUGCGAACCAGCGCUUGGGCUUCCGGGAAUUGGGGAAUUCCUCAAGAGCGAAUUGGCCCAGGCUGGGGAAGCCUGGCUGUGUCCUCAGCUCUGCCUCUUAACAGCUACAUGAAGGGGUGUGUGUGGAGUGACCGGGCCCCACCUGGCUGGGCCGGGCCCAGCAGAGGUCUGCAGCUCGGGUGUCCCGGGAGUUGGGUGUCACGUCCUUCGAGUGGUGGGCCCGCUUCUCGGUGACUUUCCAGCUGUUACUGGAGAGAGAAGACAUUGCUCUGUGGUGAGAGAAACAUUUGCACAAUCUAGUUGAUAAUGGCAACUUGCCUUGAGAGAUGGGGUGUGGUGGGGGCAGCGGGGCACAGAUCCCACCUGAGGGUGGCAGCUGCCACAGUCAGUUGUAGCUAAUUGCUGUGAUACGGGAACGCAGGUCUGAUGUCAGAAAUCUGGAGGAGCCAGAAAUACAGAUUUUUAUGUGCAAUAUCCUGAUUUUUAAGUUGUUGGCAACUAAUUCUGUAAACCAAACAAAGGGUGUAGGGUCUGGCUUUGGCCCCUGUACCACCAUAGAUCCUUCUGGGACAGUCGCCCGCGGGGGCCCUGGCUGCUCUGCAUUCAGGGGUGCCGGGUGCUGUGCCAGCUGGGCAGGUGUGGGGCAUGUACCUGUGCCGUGGCUCCUGGCAUAGGCUGCAUGGCAUGCUGGGGUCCCUGGCAGGCACUGGCUGUGGGUGGUUUAUACAGGCAACAAUAAACUCAGCUCACAAUA